AUGGGAAAGAAAGUAAUUGUUCAGGAGAAACAAAAUUUCAACAACUUGAUUAAGGUUUUGAAACCUAAAGUCUACAUCACUAAUAGUUCAUGUUUCAAGAAGUUAGUUCAAGAACUAACUGGAAAUGCAGAUUCCAACAGUUUGUCUCCACAAACAUUGGAAGUGUCAAAAGUUGUUGAGAAUUGUAACAUUAUUGAAACUGAAACUACUAGUUUUGAUAAUUCAGUUUCAACUGAGGGAACAAGUUACAACUCUUCUCAAACAUCUGGAUUUUCUUGUGAUGAUAGAGUGUUGAAUGAAGAAUUCAAUCAAGUUUGCAACCAACUUUGUUUAGAUAAUGAAUCAUUGUUCUUCCAAGAUUUUAUGGUGAAUCAACCUCUUGAUGAAUUGAUGGCAUUUCAGAAUGUUGAAUCACUACUUUUUGAUGUUGAAUUACCUAAUCCAUUUUACAAUUAUUGUCAAGAGAUUGAAGGGACAGAUGUCAGCAUAUAUGACUAUGAGCUUCUUUAA